AUGGAUCGUCGGCAACGGAAGUCGAAACUCACCGCUGACGCCGAGCAAAACAACCUCAUCGCCAGUUUCGAGCAGCAACUCGCCGAGAAAGAAGCGAAGAAACAAGCUCGUCAAGAAGCCGAAAGAGCUCGUGAAUUCGAGCGAGAAAAGAAACGCCGAGAAUUCGAAGCGUUUCAGCAAGAAAUCAACGCGAUCUGCGACUCCGACGAAGACACAACUCCAAAGCCAAAAGUUGUUGAAAAAAGCUAUGCUGUUCCGAUUGCGAUUAGUUCGGUCAAGGGAAGAUGGGACAAAGUCGAGCAAGAUCGAAAGAAAGCUGAAGAUGAGAGGGCAAAGAUUUUGAAAGCAGCUCAUCAAGUUCCAAAGGGAUCUAGCUCGGCUAACAUCCUGACAAAAUUACAGAUUUUCUCGAACGAACGAAAGCAACGAAUGGCCAAAGACGCCCAAGACAAGAAAAAGCUCCAAAAAGAAGAGCUCGAAAAAGAACUCGCCCUCGUCGAGUCCGGCGAGUCCACCCGACGCCGAACGGUUAAAAACACCGCGAAGCCGAAAAAACUUCAAAUUUCCGAAGAUGACCUCAUCAAAAAAGCGGAAGAAGAGCGUCUCAAGAAACUUAGGCUCGAGCGAGAAAAACGAGAAGCAGAAGAUCGAGAGCGAAUGGCGUCUGAGCGAGAAAGACUGCAAGACGAAGAGGAGGAUGAAAUCAAGGAGGAAAAUCAGAAAGUUGAAAGAAAAUCAGUUGUGCCAAAGAAGUUAAACUUGACGAUGACUGAUUUGGAAAAACAGCGAGACGAGCAAUUUCGAAAACGAGCUGAAGAAGAGCGGAGAAGACGAGAAGAAGCCGACAAAAAGCUCUUCGCAGCUGAGCGAGCCCGACUUGCCGAAGAAGACGAGGAUGUUGCUGAAGAAAUGUCGAAUGAGAGGAAGGAAGAAGUGAAAGUGGGAAAGAUUCAGCUGGAUUAUGACAAGAUUGUUUAUGAAAACAACAAGGCGAAAGAAAAAGAGCUGGAAGAGGAGAUGAAAGGCAGGAUGAAGCAGUUCAGGAAUUUGAGGCAGCAAUCGAAGGCCUAUCAGGAAGAGGAUUACAGACAGCGAGAAACUCAGGCGCGAUCAGAAUCAAAAGCCACCGUCAAUGUCUCAAAACUCGACUCAAACAAACUCAAUCUCGACAAACACUUUGCCGAAUCUGAAAAAGAGUCCGAAAGAAAACUUGCCGAAGAAAAAAUGCGCGAACUCAAAGAUGAGAUUCGUCAAUUCAACGAAGCCAAGGCGAGAAUGAUGGAAAACGAAAUGAAAGAUCUUCUUUCGGAGCAAAAAGAAUGCGAAGAAAACCAACCGGUUGUCAAAAAACUCGACGCGAGCAAGGUCAAAUUCGAUAAAAACGCUGAUGAAAAAGUUGCGAGAGAUGCGGAAAUGUUAAGACUCGAGAGGAUGAAAACGCUGAAGGCGGAAAUGGUCGCUUUCGAAGCUCAAAGAAAAGAAAUGGAAAACGAAUUCGAUGUCCUCCCGAACUCAAAGGAGGAAAAAAGUAAAGUUGCUGUUGGAAAACUCGAUUCUUCGAAGACCCAAUUCGAUUCUCUUGAACAACAGAGGGCAGAGAAGAGACUUCAGGAGCUUCAAGAGCAGAGGAUGAAAGAUCUUCAAGCUGAGAUAGAUCGGAUGGAGGAAGAGCGCGAAAAAUUCGAUGAAGAGGAAGAAAUGAAUGGUGAAGAUAAGAAAGAAGAAGUUCAAAAAUCAGCUCCAAAGAAGCUCACGACUGAUUUCGAGAAGAUGCAGCUCAAGAAACAGCUAGAAAUCGAGCGAGAAAUGAAAGAUCAAAAGAUGAAGCAAAUGCAGGCUGAACUUGAAGAGCUCCAGAAAAAAUGGAAUGAUGAAGAAUCUGAGGAAGAAGAGGAGAAUCAGGCUCAAAAAAUCAUCGUCGAGCCCGGAAAAUUGAACAAGCAACAGCUUUCGUUUGACAAGAUGUCGACCGCGAUGAGCUCGGCGGAUCAGAUGCGUUUGAAAUACGCGCGCGAUCAACAACUCAAGGCGGAAACCGAUUGCUUCCGAGAUCUGAACAAGAUCCAGGCCCUUCGACAUUUGUACGAAAUGACCGAGCAUCGGCCGAAAGAACCGGUAAAGAAGAUGAAUUCUGUUUCGAAGUUUGAGAGGAUGCAGCAGAUGCAAAGAGAGGAAGAAGAAAAACGCCUGGAAGAACUAAGGAUGGCGAGAGCCUUAAAAGAACGCUCAGAAAUGAUCGAAGCAAAAGAACGCGAGCUAAGGGAGGAAAUGGAUGAGCUAGAAGAGGAUUCUUAUUCUGACGAAGAUGAUAUGAACGGAUCUCCAGCAUUCCUCGAGCCGCUAGAAGACAUCACGCUAAACGAGGGAGACAAAUUCAAACUAACUUGCUCUAUCGCUGGUUUUCCUCAACCAAAAGUGAUCUGGUAUCAUAAUAAAAUCCCCCUGCCAAAUGGAGUUGAUUAUCAAUACAAAGUCAAGGGAACUUACUACUCGCUUCAUAUGGACGAAGUUUUCAGAGAAGAUGAGGGAACUUAUGCAAUCAGGGCAAUAAACGACAAGGGGAUCGACAUGUGCGAAUGUUUCGUCAAUAUCAGAAGUUGA